GAUUUAUAAUAUUUAUGUUUUGACAUUUAUCAUGUGCUUUUCAAUUUGGAAGGGGACAAACAAAAUUGAAGCCAUAACUCUAGACUUGCCUGAAAAUAUAGAAGUACAAUGGAGUGGGGAGGCAUUUGUGAAGAUGAAAAGUCUCAAAAUGCUUGUGAUAAAAAAAGCAUGCUUUUCUGAAUAUCCCAAAUAUCUGCCAAAGAGUUUAAGGUGGUUGGAAUGGAAAGGGUAUUCUUUCAAAUUUUUACCAUCUUUAUGUGCAACUGAACUUGUCUAUCUUGACUUGUCCUUUAGUUUUUGUGAAUUGCUCCAACCAUUUGAUAAGAAAUUUCGCAAUUUAAGUAGUAUGAAGUUAAGAAAUUGUCAAUCUCUACUGCAAAUACCAGACUUAUCGGGAGCUUCUAAUUUAAGAGAAUUAUGGCUUGAUGGCUGCACAAAUUUAAUUGGAAUUCAUGAGUCAGUUGGAUGUUUAGAAAAAUUGAGAGAAUUGAGUGCUAUGCGAUGCGAAAAGUUGAAGAUAUUGCCAUCUUGCCUUCGGUUGACAUCUCUUAGACAUCUGAACCUCUUUGGUUGUUCAAGUCUUCAGACAUUUCCAGAAGUAUCAGUCAUGAUGGUAGAAAUGCAAACACUUGACUUGGACAAGACAGCAAUUACGGAAUUGCCAUCUUCAAUUUGCAAUCUUGUUGGACUUGAAAUCUUACACAUGGAAGAAUGUCCUAAUCUUAUGCAAUUACCAGCUAGCAUUUGUACAUUACCAAACCUUUGGAAACUGACAGCAAAUUCUUGUGAGCGAAUGAGUGAUAUUAAGAUGUGUGAAGGUGGAGAUAAAGCAAGCUCGGAUUUAUCAGCAACAUUGUUGAAAAUGGAACAGCUUUGUUUCUCAAAUUGCAAUUUAUCAGAUGAUUCUCUUACUUUCUGUCUUUCUUACUUCAGUAAUAUGAUAUAUUUAGAUCUAAGUCUUAAUAAUUUCAUGAGUCUUCCAGAAUGCAUCAAAGAAUAUCACAAUUUGAAAUAUCUCUUUUUGGAUCAUUGCGAUCAGCUUCAACAUAUUAGAGAGAUGCCACCAAACUUGGAAAAAUUCAGUGCUAUAUGUUGCACAUCAUUGACUAAAUUAUCGAAAAGCAAAGUAUUGAAGCAGGUAUUCAACUUUCAAUCUGGUAAAAGAAACUUUAUUUUGCCCGGAAACAAAUUUCCAGAAAGGCUCCAUUAUUAUAGUCGGGGAAGUUUUGUGUCAUUUUGGGUUCGUAACGUGUUCCCAAUGGCUUUUUUAUGGAUUCUUGUUAAAGAUGAUCAGGAUUAUGUCUACAACUUCAAAUUAUCAGUGCACUUCAAUAACACCAAGCUGGAUAUUUCUUCUGAGUGGCUUUUACUGUCAACAAUAAAGACUGAUCACAUUUUUAUAUGUGACAUGCGAAGCAUAAUUCACAGUACUGAACUCCCCCUUCAAAAUAAGUGGAAUCAAGUGAAGGUUUCCCUUGAGAGCAAAACACCGGAAAUAAAAGGCGAAAAAGGAAUCUGUUUUGGUGUUCAUGUACACGAUCUACAAAGUAACCUAGCAAAUAUUCAAUUCAGGGACCCUAGAAGAUACGCUGAUCACAACUUGCUGCUGAAAAUACAAGAACAAGAAGAUUGGAAAGAACUCGAGGGAGAUAUGAGUGUUGAUUCUAACUCAACAAAAUCUGCAGAAUCAACUGAUGAGAGUCUCAUGCAUUAUCAAGUCUCUGAUAGCACCCCACUUGACCUAUGGGAAAUAGGGGAAGUUAUUGGAAGAGGCAGUUCUGGAAUUGUUCAUCAUGGCGUCAACAGGGAAACUGGAGAAUCAUGUGCAAUAAAGGAAAUGCGUUACAUUGGCAAUCCUGGAGUUGCGGAAUCGCUACAUCGGGAAGUUCAAGUUUUCAGCCGGCUGGAACAUCAAAACAUUGUAAAGUAUUAUGGCAGUGAAAUAGAGGAGGGAAGCCGGGGACGCAUAUACAUGGAACUUGUUCAGCCCGGUUCACUGAAGAAAUAUAUCACUUAUCGAGGUGCUUUACAAGAAUCAUUAGUUCGAGAUUUCACCGCACAGAUUCUCUCUGGAUUGGUUUACUUGCACAGACGAAGAGUAGUCCACAGGGAUAUUAAACCGCAUAAUAUACUUGUGGAUUCUAAGAACAAUGUAAAGCUUGCUGACUUUGCUUUGGCUGAGCAGCUAGCAGAAUCUGCUGGCCAGCACUCCACGCCGGGAACUCUAUAUUAUGCAGCCCCAGAGGUUCUUAAAAGAAUAGAAUAUAAGAGCUGGCUUGAAGCUUAUGCUGCUGAUAUAUGGAGUUUGGGCUGUGUAAUCAUUGAAAUGUUCUCAGGGGAACAUCCUUGGCAUGAUCUUGAACCGGUGCAGGUCUUCUUUAAUGUUCAUUUUAAAGAGCAGCAUCCGCCCAUACCAGAAGAGUUAAGCCAAGAGGGUAAAGAUUUUCUUCAACUCUGCUUCCAAAAAACUCCGGCCGAUCGGCCCUCUGCUGCAGCAUUACUAGACCAUCCCUUUGUGAAAGCACAAACAACUUAGCUUGCCGGUGGAAGAAAGUGUUGGGAGUAUUGGGAGAUUUUAGCAUGACAGAUAUAUGUAUAGCUCAGGCCUUUAUUAGUCUAUAUAUAUAACAAGAGUCAUCGAUUCAUUUCCUCAAGAAUUUUGUACAUCGACCUCUAUGUGUUCAGUUUCAACAAAAGAUCGAUGGUAAAUAUAUGGCUGCUGUUUUGUCAUCUUUUGUUACUGUUA